UUGCACAUAGCUGCCAAAGAGGGUCAUGCUACUAUUGCGCAGCUCUUGGUUAAUCGCAAUGUGGAAAUAGACGCCAGGGAUUUGAAAAGUCAGACGCCACUGCACGUCGCGUCUAUUUUUGGGCAUACUUCUAUUGUCAUGAUCUUGAUGGAACAAGGAGCCGAACUAGAUGCGCGAGACUCGGAUAAGAGAACGCCUUUGCACAUUGCCGUUCGAGAUAAUCGAUUCGAGGUUGUGAAGCUAUUGAUC